AUGUAUCAUCCCGACCAGACGGGCUUCCGUCAUACUCUCAACUUCAUCCAUUUGCGACAGGCGUACGGUGAGCAAGUGAUCACUGAAAUUCGCCGGUUCGUCUCACUGACUACGCGCAUUCUGGCAUUCAACGGGCAUCUGACGUUCAACCUUGCCUGCAAGUCCCAUGGUUUGAUCCCGCGCUCGCUACGUCUUCACAGACCCGUGUCGACGAGAUUUGGACUAAGCGUGAUUUCCAAGGCAGAACGGCAUCUGUUGCAAGCGAGGAUCAUGGACUGCAGGGACCAAGUACGAAGACUUAGGAAUGAUGCUUUCUUUUCUCGGCGGCGUCUCGAGGAUCACUGCCCAGAAGAGAUGGCGCGCAUACAACUGCAUGCAAAUUUUCAAGCCAAUCUUCGCGCUCGGAAAGAUGAGCAAUGCCACGACAGGAAGUUCGAAAGGCUGCAGCAGUGCCGCACAGCACGUCCGCCAAGUGCCCUCAAAAACUCUGUGUACAACUUGUCCACAUACCAGCCUGACGGCUACGAAAUGGCAGUCCUAAGUCUCGGUCUGAACUUCAACACGGGACCUGCAACGGACACGAAGAAAGUAAUUUGCGCCGCUGAGCGCGCUGUGAACUUGGUCGACCAAUCCCGCCGUGAGGAGGCUCGCACACGCGUUGUAAGCGUAUUGUCGAAGUUGCACGCCCAACCCACCGUGGACACCUUGUGCAAGCAAGAACGUGAUGCCAUCAAGAGGCUGCAGGAGAAUCGGGAUAUAGUCGUACUUCCCGCCGACAAGGGGAACGCUACCGUCCUUCUAGACAGGAGCAAAUAA